UGGGCAAAGAUGUACAUUGUACCUCUUUGCUUUUAUUGUCCUGAACACAGUAUGGUUGUAUUUUCUGAUAAAAAGCCCCAUUGUGCCAAAUCUACCCCUACCCGGUGGAUUGAGGUAUUAGAAAAUAAAAAUACAAACACUGUGAGUCUUGUUGCAGAUGGUUUUGUUCACUGUUUUGGGUCACAAAGAGACACCACUGUUUAUUUUAAUCUUAUUUACAACUGAUUAAAAUAUCCUUACUUGGCCUUUAAACACAGUAAGAUUCAGAGUCUAAAAAGUUUAUACUUUUUAGCAAACUUACAUUAAACUGUAAGGUAUUAUGUGUACUGUAUAUGUAUUUCCUAAUCAUAUCCUUGGUUCUGCUUGUAUACAUGCGUAUUUCUUUCCUACUGCAGGUCUUAAGAUGUAGGGUUGUCUGUUAUAUCCCAUCACAGUGAUAAAUAAGCAGUAGGGCCUGCUUAUGUGUGCUUUACAGGAACAUUUGAAGAGCUUUAGAAAAGUACUGAUAUGAAGACCUAAACAAACUGUAUUACAAGCAAAUAUCCAUCACCAAUAAGAACCAUCAGCAAAAUAAGUCGAAGCAUAGAAGCGAAAGUAAAAGUAGGAACUCAGCAUGAAAAUAGCCUUGGUGGCCUCCAAGUGACAUUAAGUUUUUACUGACACAUCAGUUUGUAAGUAAUAAAGCUGAAGCUUAUCUGCCGCUCCUAAUAGUUUGGUAUAAGAGUUCAUAGCACAACAAAAGGGUCAGGCUCCUCCAGAGAGCUGUAACAUAUACCUGCUGAAUAAACCUGUUUUCAUUCCAGUUUAUGACUGCUCUUUAUGAGGUGAUUUCCUUAUUUUUUAAAGAGAAAUCGGGAAACGGUUCUUUCAUUUUUAAACAGUCUCAUAAAUAAAAAUAACGUAGAAGUUUAAAGGUUACAUCUUUGGUGUGGGAUGUUUUAAAAUACAAGUUAAAUCCACUUUACUGCCAUUCAUCCAAACAGAAUGAAUUAUCUCUCCUCACAGGUCAGGCACAAAGAGAAAUAGUACUUAUAAUAAAACCAUAAAUGACACACAUGACUGCUAAGGCAAGUGUGCUGCAAAGUCUGGUGUGCUUGCAAAGUAAACAUAGUGAAGCAAAGUCAACAUAGUAGAAAAUUUACACAUAGAGAAGCAAAGCAAAUAAAGCAAAGAACAUCAUGAAUGUAAAUAAAGUGUGUGAAAAAAUGCACCGUCACUGCAACUGUGCCACUAAGCAAACUGUUAAAGGAUAAUUAUGUAAAACACAGCAGCAGAAUAGUCAAAACAUACAGUACUGCAUAAGACAGUAGUAAAUAAACAGUACAUUUCCUUACAACACUGAGACAAGGUUUGAUUCUAUCUCAUCUUUAUCCACCUGGGGCAAAGCAGGUUGCAGCCUUUAGCAUAAAUAAAUAAAUAAGGAUUGAAGUUUAUUUUUGUACUUAAAAAUAAACCAGUCAGACAUUAUGGAUAAUUUAGCUUUUCAUCCUAAGACCUGAUAAAAAAACAUCUCUGAAUUAUGCAUUAUCAUAAAUACAAAUGGUAAAAUAUAAAGUUACAUGUCAUCUUGGGAUAGGAAUAAAUAUCAAUGCUGUAAUCAGUUCUAUUUAUUAAUCCAAUUCUUUUUUAAUUUUGAUGGAUUCACUGUGUAGUCCAUGUAUGGCUUUCUAUGUCAAGAACACAACUUUAUUCUCAAUUUUUACACUCUGCCGAAAUCAGAAAGCCUGCCUCUGCAUGGACCCCUGGUCAGCUGAUGGCAAAUACAGCCUCUGAUUGGUCGGACUAACUAACAUGCCAAUUGGACUCUAGUGUUUACAUGUAUAAUAAAGGUCUACUUCCAGUGGGACAAAAUCCAUAAAUUGAUUUAUUGCAAAGAAAAGACUUGAAAAGACAAAAAAUGCAGAGCUGUAACAGUGACAGUGUUUUCAUCAUUCAACGUACAUCCUGUUAGCCACUUGCCGACGUGUUUGUUGAUUGUUUUGGUACAGAACAGGCAUGUCGUGAAGCUACGUACUGCAGCAGAUGUGGACAUGCUUUGGUCAAUAAUUCAAUUCUAGGAUGGUGCUUGUAAACUUGGAUGAGGAUAGUAGUCCAGUUAAAUUGUCUGAUCAAGCUCGGACCAUAGCUGGACUUAACUGUACAUGUAAACAUACUAACUCUCUCUGAGCCUCAGGCACCAAUGAAGGAUAUUCCAGCACAAAAUUAAACCAUAAAGCCAUAAACAAACCUCAACCGAAAUGCCACAGUACAUAUAGGCUGGGACCCUAUAUGUCCUGUUGAUGAAGUUAGGUGCUGUUCUGAGCAUUAUUUGUGGCUAUAGAGUGGCGUUUUGGUUGAAGUUUGGUUAUGGCUCCUCAGACCGCUGUGUAUUGCUAUUGCGCGGUCGUUAUACGGAAGUUGGUAUAACUAGAGAAGCAAGCAGUCGGCAAUAAUAAUCACUCGAGGGGGUGCCUAACUCGGUGUUAUGGUGUGUUUGACCGUAAAUUAAUGUUACGCAGGAAUAUCCCUUUAAAUAAGAAUCCCUACAUACUAACCAGAUUAGUAAUAGUCUGUUUGAGACAAUGUAAAGUGGAGUGUUGUAGAGCUCAAAAUGGUCUAGGUCACUAUGGUGUAGCUCCAAAACCAGACAAACUUGUCAGAUCUUGAGUUAUAAACAUCUGACUUCACAUAAACAGUUUAUCUUUAAACUUCAGAACACAUUUAUUACACUUUUAAGCCAAAUGCAAGUGCUCUAUUUGACUACAAUAAUAAAUAAUAUUCAUUACCCCCUCACUCUUAUUGCUUUUCUGUUUCCUUUGAUUGAGGUUAAUAUAAUUUGAGUGUAAAUGCAGGACGGUAACCCUCACUAACUCCUGUGUUUUCAUCUAAAUGUCACCCACAGGCUUUUACUUGUUUCCCAAAUUAAAGCAUUAAGGGGAAAGAAAAGCAGGGAGGAAUCAUUCCAGAGGAAUCCCAGGCAUAUGGCUGGCUUUUGUCGGCUCCCUUCCCCCUCCCUCCCUGCCUCUCUCUCUUUCUCUCUCUCUCUCUCUCUGUCUCCCUCCCUCCCUCUCUCCCUCCUGCCGUCCGCUCCGCAGCAGCAGCAGCAGCAGCAGGACUGAGGUACUUCAGUUUUUGAAGCCGUGGCAUGAAUGAUCUCAUCUGAACCUGAUCUCCGCUUUCCCUGCCGUCGAUCCUAUGACCGAGACGGGAGUAAAAUAACACAAUCACGAGGUGAGUCCGGCCACACAACCACCCGGCGAUAGUCGCUUUAACCUGUUUGUAUUACACCUGAAUAUUGUUUUAGGAACUUAAGAGCCCCAGCCGCAGUGAAAACUCUUGUUUUUGGGCAGAAAGGAGGAAGGACCGCGGAGGAUGUGUGGGUGGGCGCUUUGAGCUAAUUAGCCUGCUAGCUUUAUAUUACAUGAAUAAAAAGAAGCAGCUUUAAAAGAGCAGUAUUUUGAUCCGUUAAAGGGUGUUUUAAUCCUUAAAUUUUCCGUUUCACUGAACAUAUUAGCUCAGUUAGCUUGUCCGGAGCUCGUAAAGUCGGACCGUAGCGUAGCUAGCCGGCUAGCUGUUAGCUACUAGCGCAAAAUGGCCUCAUUGUCGCUCGGUAGUUCUGAUGCUGUAAAGACAAAGCAUGCGGCAGUCACGGCCAGCAGCCCCCAGCCGCUCUCUGGAGCAGCUAAACCGGCCUCAUACGGGGGCUGAAAGCGGUUAAAUAAUAUUCUAAUAUACUAAAUCGUGGAAUUCCGUGUUGUGGGUUUAUUUAGUGAUUUAAUAGGACGUGCUGCUGUGAAAGUCCUGGUUCCAGUGUGCAGUGGGGGAUGGGCCACGCUAGCAGCCAUUGACGUAAAGCGAGGCUGCAUUUUGUUUGGCUUCUGGCUCCUAGCAUAAUACAAAACAACAGCUACUCAGUCCAGGACUAAUGUUUACCUACAUCUGUAAUUACUACCACUGUCUGACCUACUUACAUUUUAGUCACACGAGUGUCUGAUUCCCGUUAAUCACGAGUUAAUGAGUGGAGAUGAUUUUUUCCUCAUUUGAUUACUCAUUUUUAAGUGUUUGAACAGCAUUUUCAUGUUAAAUCUUGUCAAAAACAGUCUGACUAAAUCCAAUAUGAUGAGUUAGCUGGCAGGUAUUUAAUGGUUUAUUCCAUUUGGAGUCAUCUUUAUUUAAGAGAUGCACUGAUUGAGACAGUCAGGAUGUUAAAUUCAGCCUAAAAACUGAUUCCUAAUUUUUCCUAAAUUUAGAUUUAACAAGAGUAAACCUAUUGGUACACAGAUAGUAGUAUUUAAAGCCCCUAUGAGGAGGUUUUUAACAUUUAUAAAAUAGGAAAAAUUAUAUUAAUUGCCUUUUUAUGACCUAUAAAUGUAAAUCAGACCAAAAGCAACAAGAGUAAAGAUUUUUAUUUUGUUAUUUUUGACGCUUCGAAAAGGUGAAGGGGAACAGGUGUAGGGCCUGACCGAUAUGGAUUUUUUUAAACAAAACUAAUUUCAAAUCCUUUUUAUUGCUAAAAAAACCCUGGCUAUUUAUUUUAACUGUCAUAAAGAUGAUAAACUAAUUAUUUUUAGCUUAUUAUUCUGACUGUAGCGCGUGUGAGUCUGAUUAUUUUUUCAACCUUCGUCUCGUCUAACUCACUCACUCGUCAUCCUCUGAAAUAAAUAGCGUUUAGAAAUAAAUGAAAAUAAAGCUAACUCACGAAGACCGACUAAUCAUCUCAGUAAUAUUCCUCGUAUUUAUCAUUAAUCAAACUCAGACCAGAGAAGUGUUUUCAACUACCCUCGUCAAAAAUCAGCAGGGUGAGAUUUCUUUUGUCAAAAUUCGGCAACUAAUAUGUUACACUGACUAGUGAUUCUGGUGUGGACUAGCUAUUGGAACACUGUUUAAUUUACAUUACUAGAUGCAUGCACAUAAUCCACUUCUGAGCAAAAACCUGGUACUAGACUGAUUCAUACUAUCCACCAAAUAUUUCCUACUGCAGCUGAUAAAUACCAAAUUAGUUGUUGACUGACUGAUAUUUAUCAGCUAAUACCAGGUUGUAUACUGGUAUAUCCCUACUUUAUAUCUAAUACUGCAGUCAAGCAGCUGUAGCAGACGUAAUGUCUCAGAAUGAAUAUUAAUCUGGAUUUAUUCUAUUGGUGUCAACGAUGAGGGGCAUAGACGGGAUGGUACUGUAGUCAUGCAAAAUUUAGCGUGUUUACAUUUAAUUCACAAUUUCUGAUGUGAUUAUGUUCAUUUUUUGGUGUUCAUGUAAUCGUAUAAAUUUGUAUAUAUGCUAGAUUUAAUUGAGAUCUUGUAUGAAAAUUUUCCCAAAUUUGUUAAUUUAAUAAAUUGGCUUCAUUAAAUGCCACUAUAAUGCAUAUUUGUCUGCUACAGUUGAUGGACUUUAAGCCCUCUGAAGACUGAUCUGAGCCUCAUUUUCAGAACAGAGAGAAGGUGCAGAUAAGAGCUGAUUAAUGGUAUUUAUAGUUGAACUACUGUCCAAUCUGAACCUUUCAGAUUUAACGCUGAAAUGCUGAACAAUAAGGUGAUCAAAACUAGAUUCUCAACACAAAAUUCUGUCAUGAAAAAACUGUUUUUGUUUUUUUUUCUUUAAUUCUCUGCAGUGUGCUUUCUCUCAGGUUGUAGGUCUUCCUGGUUAAAUUUGAGUUUCAUGUUCAAUUGUGACACAAUGUUUUAUUUCUCACUCAUGGCGAUAGUACCCUCUAGUGUCUCUUGUUUAACAGGGAGCAGCAAAAAAUGCACCACACAGGAAGACAACAUACCAUGUCCAUGAUUGUUUCUCACUGUCUUGUAUUUUAGAUCUCCGGGCAACUUCAUAAAUGACCUUUUUUUUCUCACCCUGUCCACUGUCAGGAAAUGUUUCUCUGUAUGCAAAGUGAGGACUCAAAGAACUUUUAUCACGGUGUCAUUCAGGUCUCAUUAGAUCCCUCUUUAUUUGGACGGGGAGUGUGAUUAUCAGAUCAAUCAGGCGAAGACGGUAGUUGUAAUCUAAUCAUUCUCUCUGAUCCUGAUGUCAGGUUUUCAUGUGUGUAAAGAAGCACAGUACCUCCCUCUAUUAAAAGGAAUUUGUAAUCAAUGGCUAAUUAGUCCUCUGUCAAUGUAUUGAUCAACUGUGUUAGAGUUAAUUGAAUGCAAAUUGCUGAAUUCUGUGGUGUUUCUGUCAUCUCAGUUUUUGGUUGUGAAACUUUGCACAACACCUCUGAGUCUGUAAUGUGUUCAUUGUGUAUAUUUUGCACAGAUUGGCUUUACCUGGUAAAUAUUCUGUCAUAUGAUAAUGUAAAGAAAAUGAGUGAUGAUAUUUUGAUCAAAGAAAGUUGGCAUUUUUUGUGUGAAAUUAACUUUUUGCUGUUUUAUUCUGUGAACACAAAUCUUGUGCUUUUUCAGUCCAACUCCUGCUUCUAAGGGUACUUUUUUUAUUUAUGUACUCAAGGUUUGACUUACAUUUGUUAAAAAUGUACCACACGUAGGAACUAAAAGCAAGUGGAAUCUUUCAUUCAUGCCCUGCCCACAGGUUUUUAACACAGAGGAGACACAGACAGAGAGACAGACGGACACUGCAAACUAUUUUUUCUGUCUGAUGGAAAAUUAAAUGCCACAGGCUGCUGUUCAGCGCCCAGCCUCCUAUUUAUGUGCAUCCCAUCUAUUUUGGGGAGUCAGAGGGACUUGAAUGUUGGCAGGAGUGUUGUUUUGUUCCUGUAAGACAUCUGUGUGUUUCACUCGGUGUGUAAUAAGGAAGUUGACUUUACUUUUCUCCCCCCCCCCCCCUUCAGUGAACAGAAAGUGAAAAUCUUGUUCAACUAGUUUUUGAAGCGUGUGGUGCGUAGACCUGGAAACCUGAUCUCCUUGUACAUAUUAGUGCUUCUUCAUGGUGGUAUAUAUUGUAUUGUGAACUCUGUAAAUGCCAUUUUUUCUACAUUCCUCUCUUUUUUUAACCCCUUGAAAGCACCCUUUAUUGAUUGGGAUAUUUUCUUGAUCACAGGUGGCAGUGGGGAACAGUAUAAGUGCACUGAUCAUGUAACUUGAGUGCUUUUUUUUUUUUGUUCUCUGACAAAGGUCUCUCUAGUCUGUCCUUACUUUGAUGCAGCGUCGGCUUUUAGUUGGUAACCAUGCUAUUUUCGGUGGCUCAGUGGUCUGUUAAAAGUGUGGUUGUUCCGCCCAGCAGGAGUCUUGCCUCAGACUGGCCUAAAAUGGGCAGAAAUGGUGCUGAACAAAAGCUGCUUGUCGCUCGUACUAAAGUACUUGAAGCGUUGCAGCCCGGACCAAGCUGCAUUGCUAUUGCCUGUGCCUCUCAACAGGAAAGGUAUAGCAAACUUUAAGAAAAAACUACAACAAACAAUUCACUGUUUACUGUAGUUCAUACAGACAUUCAACCUGUAGAGCUAAUAGAUAAAGUCACAGCUGCUGUUGAGCAGAUUGUAGCCCUAGCUCCCAAUAUUCAUACACAGAUAUUACACCACAUAGAUAAAUCACAUCACAUGUACUUCAUUAAUUACAUGGCACUUACUCUUUUCACUAUUUUAGCUAGUGAAAUCCAGAACAGUAGGCUAUUUUCUGUGUUUGUCAGUGUGAUUAAUUAGUUCAUGAUCACAUUAGGUGUCGCUUUCACGCGUCUAACUGUUUGUCUGUUUCCUCGCCAUCACUACAGAGAGACAACAUGUUCCCGAAGGGCACCAAGCGCAAGUUCUCAGACUCCGGGGAGGAGCCAGUCCCCAGCGGUGACCAGGUCCCUGCAGCCUCGACUGCAGCGGCUCGGACGCUGUCGUCGUCCUACAGCCUGCAGCGGCAGUCGCUGCUUGACAUGUCGCUGAUCAAGCUGCAGCUCUGCCACAUGCUGGUGGAGCCCAACCUGUGCCGCUCGGUGCUUAUCGCCAACACGGUGCGGCAGAUCCAGGAAGAGAUGACCCAGGACGGGACCUGGCAGAUAAUGACCCAGGCCCUGGCAGCCGCCCAGUGUCCCGCAGACCGCCUGGUGGCCACAGAGGUGCUGUGCCGGCAGACGGACCCAGCAGUUCAGGCCAGUCAGAGCCCGAAGCCGUUCUCCGUGGUCGGUCUGGAGGAAGGCUACCACACUGAGGAGGUGGUGAUGGAGGGAGACGGGGAGACAGAAGUCACCAUGUCCACUUUGUCGCCCGUUUCCCCGCAGCUGUCAUCCACGUCUUACCUGGCAGGCCCCUUUGGCAUGGGGCCCUGCUGGGAGGAGGAGGAAGAAGACGGUGACUGCGAGGAGGACGAAGAGGAGGACAGCGAAGAGUGUGUGUCAGAAGGAGAGGAGGCAGAGCGGGACCACCUGAGCGCAGACUCCAGGACAGGGGAGCAGGUUUUUGGGACUUUCGAGAUCAAGCACCCGGCGCCGCCCCCUGACCCUGCGCUCGAAGAACUGUUUUCAGACGUGGACCCCUCCUACUAUGACCUCGAUACGGUGCUGACAGGCAUGCAGAGCGCCCCAAAGAUGGGGCCUUAUGACCUGCUGGAGAGCCUUUCCUCUCACGCGCCAACGGCCCUGAGCUCCAGCACGAGCUGCAGGUCAGACCUGAACGAACUGGACCACAUCAUGGAGAUCAUAGUGGGAUCCUGAAACUCAGAACAUUCCUUUGGCCUGAACUGAUCCCUCAGACUCUGACCAGACUAUGCACAGUUCACUCGUGCAUGUUCUGUAUGUGGUAUUGUUACACGCAGAGGUUGUCGCCGAUUUUGGGAUGAGGUGGGAAACGAACGGCGAGCCGGUCGAGGUGAAGUCGCUCUAACAGCAGCUGUGAGUCGACAGCUGCUGCUCGGACGCUAAACUUCGACCUGAAGAUUUGUAAUUGGCGGUUUAACUUUUGAGACUUAAAUUUCUGAGCGGAGCUGUUAAUUUCCUACUUUGUCGAUGAAAUCCAAAAUCGGACGAUCUCUGUGAGAGGGCAAAGAUAAUUACCUAUACCAUGAUGCAUUCUUAUUUACGUACUUUCCAUGUUUACGUCUGUCAUACAUUCUGUCAUACUAGCUCCUUCUGGACGUAUUCUCUGCCAUUUUGUCCAUUUCUAUUUAUUAUUACAUGGACCGUGGAACAACUCAUCACACUACACACAUCACAAACCAGAACAAAUUGUAAAUCCAAAUCUAUGAAUCAAUGCAUAUUUUCCUAAAGAUUUGAGCAAUUAUGAAUGGAAUAUAUGUAUAUGUACGUAUGUGUAUAUAGAAAUAUAUUUUUUGCAUUAUACAGCUGGGGGAUUUUGCAAGUAUCAUUUGAUAUUAUUAUUAUUUUUCUCCCUCCUAAGCGGUUUUUAAGAUUUUAAUGUAGCCAGACUCAAGACAGUGUCUUCCCAUGGUUUGGUAUAAAUAGUGGACUGUAACAGGUGUCAGGGCUGGCAUUGUCACACUUUCUAGGCGCUGUUUUCUCAUUUCUCAAAGCUUUAUGCAGGGCAGGGAAACUACUGGCAGCCACCGACCAAACGCUGGUUUAACGAUUGUCUGUUUCUGCUCAGUUUACAGUAUCCAGCGGACAAAUUCGAGUAAGUUUCCCGUCCUGCUUUUCAUCCAGAUUUAACGACAAUAACGGCUUUUUUUCUAAAGCAUUUGGUGAAACCACGGGGUGAUAACUGCAUCAUGAAGCCAUAUUUCUUUCUCUCAUUUGUUAGAUCUACAAAUGAAGAAUUCUGUGUGUCAACCCAAUCUAAUUUAUUGUUGUUUUAUUUAUUGUAUUUAUUAUAUCUAGGUACAGACAUGCCAUAUUGACUUAUCAAAUCAAACACCAGGCCUGAUGAAAUUAUAUUUAUCCAAAUUUUGCCCUCCGUUCUGAAUGCAGUACCUAUUUAUUCCUCACAUUAUUUCACCACUGUUAGUAAUAAUAAUAAUAAUAUCCGGGUUACUAUAAAAAUCACUAUGCAGCUCUGUCAUACGUGUUUCAAAAUGAUUGUAUACGACUCAAAUGUCCUUUAAAUCCUUUAUGCAAACAGUUGCCUUUCUCCUAAAGAUGUGGAAAAAUCAAAUGCAUUUUUCAAAAUUGUUCCUUAUCAUGGUGAUGAAGAAAUGAACUCAGGCAAAAACUAAAUGUAUUGACAAGAAUACAGUAUUACGACACACUGAAUACCUUACCACAACACUCCUGAAGGAUGUCACUCUGGUCUGAAUGGGAGCUAGAACUUCAAAGACUUAUUACCGUUGUAAAAUGUAUGCAUUUUUUAUAUUAAGGAAAAACAUUGUAGCAUCUUUGUAAAUAUUUUUUAUAAUAAAAGGUGCAACUAUUCAUCGUGUGGUUUGAUUCAUCUGUUCAACUCUGCAGAGAUUUUCCUUUGGUUGCCGUGUUUUAAAUCCCUGUAACAUGUUUUGGAUUGAGUUCUGUGAAGUUACAGAUUAAUAUUAUGGUACAAGUAAAACCACAAUAGCUGUACACUUGUCAGAGAACAAAUCAGUGCUACAUAACAGGAGUACAUGAGGCAUAUGUCAUCCGUCUGUCUGAUUUUACGCAUUUACCG